AUGCGCUGGAGAGGCUCUCUCCGCCCCGGCCGCCCUCUCGCUCUCCGCUCUCUCCGCCGCUCCUAUGCCGCCGCCGCCGACCCAGAGGAUAAUGCGAGCUAUUACGAACGAAUCGGGGCCAUUGACACGAAAUGGCAGUCGAGAUGGGAGAAGCCGAAGCAUCAGCCUGCUCCGGUGAAGGAUAUAAAGAGGGGCAAGGCGUACAUAUUGCCUAUGUUUCCAUAUCCCUCCGGGAAUCUCCAUCUGGGCCACCUCCGGGUCUACACCAUCUCCGAUGUCCUCGCUCGAUUCAAGCAGAUGCAAGGCUACGAUGUUAUACACCCAAUUGGCUGGGAUGCCUUUGGGCUACCAGCGGAAAAUGCAGCCAUCGAACGAGGAAUCAGUCCAGCUACGUGGACGCUGCAGAACAUUGCUAGUAUGAAAGAGCAGAUGAAGGCCAUGGGGGGGCGUUGGGAUUGGGACAGGAAACUGUUCCUUAUGCUGCAUGAGAGAGGACUAGCGUACCAAGCAGAAUCUAUGGUGAACUUUGACCCUGUUGACCAGACGGUUCUUGCGAACGAACAGGUUGACGCCAAUGGCUGCUCGUGGAGGUCGGGCGCAAAAGUCCAGAAGAUCAUGUUAAAGCAGUGGUUUUUGAAGAUCAAGGAAUUUCAACAACCACUUCUAGACGAUCUCGAAGUCCUUGCAAAGGACAACAAGUGGCCAGAGCGAGUCCUAGCUAUGCAGAAACACUGGUUAGGGAAAUCCGAGGGUGCCAAAGUCACAUUCCAACUCGAAAAUCCAGAUGGCACCCGUUGCUGGCCUGAAGUGGAAGUCUAUACAACGCGACUGGACACUCUCUUCGGCGUCCAAUACCUCGCAUUGUCCAUAAGCCAUCCAAUCGUUACCGAAUUAGCGGAGACUCAUGGAAAGCUUCGUACAUUCCUGCAGGGGGCGCGUAAUCUGCCAUCAGACUCAAAAGAUGGUCACAAGCUACCGGGAAUUAAGGCGAGAAAUCCCUUGUUUGCCGCGGGUCUGGACGGCUUGAGCAAAGUGCCAGAAUGGAUUCCCGUAUACACUGCGCCUUACGUUCUCGAUCAUUAUGGUUCUGGGGCUGUCAUGGGAGUUCCAGGACACGACAUACGUGAUAAUGACUUCUGGCGAGAAAAUGCUCCCCCACCCGCAACUGUCAAUGUGGUAGUGACAGCAGAAAAGGCCACUUCAUCGGAAUUGACCGUAGACGCGAAGUUCACCGCGUCUACGAUUCCACCCGUUGGCAGAUUCUUCUCUGCUAAAGCUGACACGAUUAAGCCUAUUACGAACAAGGGCUAUGUCGCCGAAGGCUUUGGGGAGUUCAGUGGCAUGACAUCAGACGAAGCGAGCAAUGCAAUCAUCAAGUCUCUUCGGAAAAAUAAUGUAUAUGCUGAGAAGGCCGAAAACUGGCGCUUACGGGACUGGCUCAUUAGUCGUCAGCGAUACUGGGGGACUCCAAUUCCCAUCAUCCAUUGCGAUACCUGUGGCCCUGUUCCUGUGCCGGAUUCAGACUUACCCGUUGAGCUGCCUGCUCUUGCAGACGAGUUCUUCAAAGGAAAGACUGGGAACCCUCUCCAAGACAUUCGAAGCUGGAAAACGACAACAUGUCCCAAGUGUCAUGCCCAAGCCGACCGUGAAACUGAUACAAUGGAUACUUUCAUGGACUCAUCGUGGUACUUUAUGCGCUUUCUCGACCCUUCGAACACAGCUGCUCCUAUAUCUCCGAAAAACGCUGAUCUUGGAAUGCCGGUUGACGUCUAUGUUGGAGGUGUAGAGCAUGCUAUCCUUCACCUUCUUUAUGCACGAUUCAUCUCCAAGUUCCUCGCAACAACUCCAUUAUGGCCGAGCGGCGGCGGGCCAGAGAACAGGGCAGAGCCGUUCAAGCAGCUUAUAACGCAAGGCAUGGUGCACGGGAAAACGUACUCGGAUCCUGCCAAUGGCCGCUUCUUACGCCCUGAUGAGGUUGACCUAACGGACGCGGUUUCCCCGAAAAUCAUAUCUAGCGGUCUCGAACCCGUAGUCAGCUACGAAAAGAUGUCCAAGAGCAAAUACAAUGGCGUUGACCCAGGCGCAACUAUCGCCACAUACGGCGCUGAUGCAACUCGGGCGCACAUGCUGUUCCAAGCUCCGGUCAGUGAAGUGCUGGAAUGGAACGAAGGCAGCAUCUCCGGGAUCCAGCGCUGGUUUGCUCGCCUGUGGCGCCUAUCUUCAGCACCUUGGAUACCGCCGGAAGUAUUAAAGCACGGUUUCAUACCGCCAAAAGACCAGGAUAUUACUCUCCUCAAGAUUCUCGAGAGCGUCCUCCCCGAUGAGCCAGCCGAUCCCAAGUCACCCCUUCAAACGUCAGAUGAGGAUCUAGUUCAAGUACUCAACCCCACCGAAGUCGCCCUGUGGCUUAAAACUCAAAGCACCAUCGCUCGUGUCACCGACUCCUACUCCAACACCCACACCCUCAACACGGUCGUAUCUGAUCUUAUGUCUCUCACCAACACCAUAUGGGACACGCAAAGCGACUCUAGAUUAAGCUGUACACUCCAGUACCUCUCAUUAACCUCACUCCUUCGGAUGCUCGCCCCGAUCGCCCCUGCCUUCGCCGAAGAAUGCUGGGAGCGUCUUCACAAACUCGUCGCGCGCGACCAAGUCUACCAGCGCGACCACCCUCUCCACGCGCCGGGCCAGGUCGAGAGACUGUCAUACGUGCGGUCCAUUUUCAGCUUCGGCUUCCCCAUACACGACCCGCAAAUCGGCAAACUCAUCAACAGAACGCAGAAUUGCGCCGUCAUGAUCGACGGACGGUUGAAGUUCACGACUGAGAUCCCGAUGCCGCCCGCCAGUCUGACGUCUCCUAUCGAUGAAGGAGAGGAAGGAAAAGGUAGCAGCAAAACUACAGUACAAGCAUUUGUUCGACAAACCGACGAACUGCGAGCCUGGGUUGUAGACACCAUCCGCGAGACGGCGGAGGGGAAACUGUGGCUUGGGGAGGGCGGAAAGCUGGGAUGGCCGAAGAAAGAGGAAUGCCCGGGCGCUUAUCGGACGGGCGUUGAGGGGAUGCAGGUAUUUGUGGUGAAGGAAGGCAAGACGGUCAACUUUGUGACGCCGAAGCCUAAUAAGAAGGGGAAG